CUUCCUCCUAUAGAGGGCAGCCAAUACAAAUUCACGUGAAUCUUGUUUUCGUAAGGAGUCAUGGCUGCUGUGGCGCUCGUGCAGGGUGCGAGCAGAGGUCUGGGCUUUGAGUUCUGCAGAUAUCUACUCUUAAACAAAUCUCCGGCAGCCGUGAUCGCAACAUGCAGAAACCCGGACGCCGCACAACAUCUGGCAGCCCUGAGCGCGCAGCACGCGGACAGGAUGACUGUACUGAAACUGGAUGUCAACAGGGAAGAUGACAUCAAGAGAGCGGCUGAGAGUGUCAAAGCUGCCUUUGGGAAAGUGGAUUUGAUCAUUAAUUCUUCAGCUAUGCUUCAUCCGUCCGGUAAAGGAGAAACAAGUUUACGAGACGUGUCCGCUCAGGCAAUAAUUUCCACUUUGACCACUAAUACAGUGGGUCCACUGGUGAUGGCCAAGUAUUUUGCCCCCCUGCUUCAGAAGGGAACAGGGGCGUUUGGCCAACAGUUCCCAGAGAAAGAAAAACAGCACAGUGGCAUCAUUGUAAAAAUGACUGCUAGAGUGGGAUCUAUAGGAGACAAUGCUUUUGGAGGAUGGUACAGCUAUAGGAUGUCUAAAGCUGCCUUAAACAUGGCCACCAGAAACCUGUCCAUUGAGCUGGGUCGAGGGCGCUCUAAAAUUGUGUGUGUAUCCCUGCAUCCUGGAACCGUGAAUACAGAUUUGUCUCGGCCCUACCAUCGAAACGUACCCAAGGACAAGCUGUUCUGCACUGAGUACUCAGUCCAAUGCCUUAUGAACAUUAUAGAUACUCUAAAUAUAGACAAAACAGGUAAAGCCUAUGCAUGGGACAGUACUGAAAUACCUUGGUAAACAGUCUUGUCAAAAAUGACGGUAUUCUGUGUGUACCCCCAUUUUAAAAUAAGGUGGAUGAGAAAAAAAUGUAACAAAGGAAAACAAUGCUGAAACAAAUCAUCAAGCAAUGUAAGUCUUGCACAAAAAAUUAAUGUUUGCAUUUUAAGGAAACAUUGGAUUUAAAAAUGAUUGUUGGUUUAUUGAAAAUCUUUGAAACAUACACAAACAUUUCAGGAAGACUUGCUGAUGUAACUGUCCUUGUUUCUUUUUCAUUUUGACUAAGAAUGGUACAGUCUAUCUGCUGUGCACAAAACAAAGAACUACCACAUCAGAUACGAAGAGCUUAUCACAAAAUUCAGUAUGAAAGACGUCAUACUUGGAUUUUUGUGUUCAUGCUAUAAUAGUAAAAUCAUUUUAGUACUAUUUUAAAAUCUAUAUG